AUGGCCAACUAUCCAACAGCUGUUCUCUCCGACCAUAGCCCUAUGCCCUCGCUCAUUGACAAUGCCAAGGCAAUCCAACCGGUGACUGUGAAACUUUCCGCGGACGGGCACCAGAUGGUUGUCACCAACCACUACGACUUUCUCGACGUCACGGAGCUCGAUGCUUCUUGGCACGUAAUCCAAGACGGGGAGGUACCCACUACCCCCCGUGUCCUCGAGCUACCAGGCAUUCCACCCGGAGAGCAUCGCACUGUCACUCUGCCCACGGGCAACUCGAGCUUCUCUGAUGAGGCGUGGAUUACCAUUGAGUUCAAGCUGAAGAACGACAAGGUUUGGGCAGAAAAAGGCCAUGUUGUGGCCUGGGAUCAGCUUCAUCUUAACGCUCUAGUAACGACUAACCGCACAAGACAUUAUGAGUCUCCGGUACAAGCUCUUAACGAAGUGAACGUCUUCCAGCGCGGACCUGAGCUCUAUUUCUAUCGCGCCCUUACCCAGAACGAUGCUGCGUGGUACGGAGACGGCCCAAUCUGGGAGGAAGAGCGAGUUGGUAGCGUCCACACCCAGGUUCGCGAUGUUCGAUGGGGAGAAACCGAUGGCGGCUUCACGGUCAACUACAAGGUUCGAGUGGCCCCCAAGGUUCUUGAGUGGGGGGCUGAAGCAGACUUGACGUACACCGUUUCUUCUAGCAGUCUCACCAUCCACGCUCGUGGCGACUUUUUUGACAAAACGGCGUGGUUCGGUCGCAGGCCUGGAGGGAACUACAAGGACACGAAAGAAGGGUGCUGUAUCGGACGCUACGAGUCCACGGUAAAGGAUCUCUUCACCCACUACGAUGUUCCACAGGAGAACGGCAACCAGGAAGACCUCCAGUGGCUUCAGGUCAUCAAUAGUGAUGGUGGCGUCUUGCUUAACGUGAAAAGAGCCGAACCGGAGCCUUUCAGCUUCACGGCAUCGCGUUACAUGCCCUUCGACUUGGAUGACGCGGAGCACCCUCAUGAUCUCAAGCCUCUGAACAUGACAGUUUUGCAUCUCGACUAUGACAACAAUGGAAUUGGAUCGGCCACCGUGGGGCCAAGGCCUUUUGAGCAGUACAGGUGUUACACUAAACCGUUUGAUUUUACCUUCGAGUUGAGUAUUGCCUAG